CCAGUAGACAAGAUGGUGAAGGUCAGCGUGAACGGAUUUGGCCAUAUUGGGUGCCUGGUUACCAGGGCCGCCUUCUCCUCUGCCUCUGGCAAAGUGGAGAUUGUUUCCAUCAACGACCCCUUCAUUGACCUCAACUACAUGGUCUACAUGUUCCAGUAUGAUUUUACCCAUGGAAAAUUCAAUGGCACAGUCAAGGCUGAGAAUGGGAAACUUGUCAUCAACGGGAAGCCCAUCACCGUCUUCCAGGAGCGAGAUCCCGCUAACAUCAUGUGGGGUGAUGCUGGUGCUGACUAUGUCGUGGAGUCUACUGGCGUCUUCACCACCAUGGAGAAGGCUGGGGCUCACUUGAAGGUUGGGGCCGAAAGGGUCAUCAUCUCCACCCUUUCAGCCGAUGCCCCCAUGUUUGUGAUGGGGGUGAGCCAUGAGAAAUAUGACAACUCACUCAAGAUUGUCAGUAAUGCAUCCUGCACCACCCACUGCUUAACCCCCCUGGCCAAAGUCAUCCAUGACAUCUUUGGCAUUGUGGGAGGGCUCAUGACCACAGUCCAUGCCAUCACUGCCACUCAGAAGACUGUGGAUUGUCUCUCUGGAAAGCUGUGGUGUGAUGAUCAUGGGGUAGCCCAGAACAUCAUCCCUGCAUCCACUGGUGCUGCCAAGGCUGUGGGCAAGGUCAUCCCAGAGCUGAGAGGGAAGUUCACUAGCACGGCAUUCGGUGUUCCUACCCCCAGUGUAUCCGUUGCGGAUCUGACAUGCCGCCUGGAGAAACCUGCCAAGUGUGAUAACAUCAAGAAGGUGGUGAAACAGGCAUCUGAGGGCCCAUUAAAGGGCAUCCUGGGCUACACUGAGGACCAGGAUUUCAACGGCAGCUCCCACUCUUCCAUCUUUGAUGCUGGGGCUGGCAUUGUUCUCGAUGACAACUUUGUAAAGCUCAUUUCCUGGUAUGACAGUGAAUACGGCUACAGCAACAGGGUGGUGGACCUCAUGGUCUACACGGCCUCCAAGGAGUAA